AUCCUUUAAAGGGUAACAACUUUCUAACUAUCGGAGACAAAAGUGUUCGGACUUGGGUCAGGCGCAUAACGGACUGCUUCACAUAUCAAAAUAACCAUGAUAUCUAGGAAAAUAAACAUCCGUCACGAAACAUGCUUCGUGAUUUUCUUCAUCACCAUGCUGGGCAUUUUCGCUCUCGAAUGUCCAACAAAUAAGUGCGAAUGUUAUUUAACGAACGACAAUUUUAUUGCUACGAUAAGUUGUACAACAAAUAGUAAUUCUGUAUUUCGUAUCUACAUUGAAGAAGACGCAUUGAUAGAGAUCCACUGCUCUAAUUCACCAGAAUGGUCAGAUUUCGAUCUAAACAUGACACUAUUGGGGAGUUACAAAGAGAUUAAAUUCGACAACUGCAAUUUACCGAGUAACAACAGCUUGAGUGACAUUGCACACAUGCUAGGAGCUACAAGCGUAGAAAAACUAUAUUAUUCUUCGCACAAUAACUUCAAUCUUACCUUGAAAAAGCAUCAUCUGAACGGUUUUAAGAAUUUAACAUAUCUUCGUCUAUUCGACAACAACUUACACAACUUGACCAACGAAUUUUUUUAUUAUACCACUCAGUUAAUGAUUCUUGAUUUAAGAAACAACAAAUUAAAAUUGAUUACACCAGGCACAUUUGAUAAGCUGAAUAAUUUAAUACGUCUGGAGCUAUCAAGUAAUCACUUAACCCAGCUGGAAUUGGGAAUUUUUGACAAACUCAUCGCUUUGAGAUGGCUCAACCUUGGUUAUAAUUAUUUAGUCACCUUACCAGAAGAUAUGUUUCUAAAACUGAAG